AUGUCUUCAUACGUACUUCCUGGUGAUUCUAUUCCGCUAAAUUUGAUAUUGUUACCUGGUGAACCUGAUCCGAAACUGAUAUUAGGUCCUGGUUUGAUAAGGCAAGAUGAAGAUUCUGCUAUGAGCACUAAAGCCGGUAUCCCUCAUAGCAAUGAAACUGAAAGGAAAUGGUUUGUCGAAAGUAAUCAAAGACGGUACGUUCCGUCGGCAGGAGAGGACGUUCUUGGAAUAAUAACAGCAAAAACAUCAGAAUACUACAGAGUCGAUAUUGGGGCCGCACAUGCUGCCGUUCUCGAUAGCUUGGCGUUUGAGGGUGUUACCAGGAGAUCCAAACCAAACUUGAAAGUUGGUACUCUAAUAUAUGCUCAAAUAUCCGAAGCGAAUAAAGAUAUAGACGCAGAGUUGACAUGUAUCAAUCCUGCGACUAACCGUGCUGAUGGUUAUGGAGUUUUAGAUAAGGGAUAUAUAUAUAUGAUCAAAUGUUCCCUUGGAUUGUGCAGAAGGUUGAGAAAUGAAGAGCAUCCGAUAUGGACGCGUCUCCGCCAGAAAUACAAAUUUGAAGUGAUAGUUGCGGUUAAUGGGAGAAUUUGUCUUAAAUCAAAUUCUGCUAGGGCCACUAUUGAAACUAUUGAAAUAGCUAAUGCCAUUAAAGAACAUGAUGUUUGA